AUGAAUGGUCUUGAGUCGUAUGCGCUUAUGGCUUCAGCGGUUGGUGGAAUCCUUGGACAGUUGAUGCUUCUUUGUUUAAGCUUGGUUUAUGAUCGUUACUUGAAGACACUCCCCAUGAGGCCACUGAUCCAUAUCGUCCAGCUCCAUAACGAGAAACAGAAGCGCAAACAUAACAAGAAUCAGUCUCAGUUAG